AUGAAUCUCAAUGGGUGCUCUCAAUCUGCACUCACCAACCUCAAUGACCCUGAUGCUGAAGGUCAUCAAUGGACCAUCGCAAGCACAUCAUCCCAUUCAAGAGAAGGCAAUAGUGAUCUCGCAGAGGUGCUAAGGUCCAUCCAGCUGCAACUUGACAUAGAAAAAUCCCACAAUUGGGAACUAUUAGAGAAGAAUGCUGUCCUAGAGGCAAACAAAACCCACCAUUCUAUGGAGGACAUUCCUGCUGACGUGAUUGUGUACAACAGCGAGAUCAAGACACUGGGGAAAACAUAUGCUGUAAUGAUGGAAAUGUUCUUGCCACAAACACCACUAACCAACACCAUGUCGGAGCUGCCAAAGUCACCUUCCCCCAUGUUUGCAACAGCUGAGCAUUAUGCUAGCAGGAUGGUGGAGGAACAGGGUCUUGUCACUGAGCUCGAUUCCAUACUCCCAGAGCAUCUGCAUAGAAUCAGAAACACCCAUUUCUUCCUUGAUGUUUUUGCACAAGCAAUGCAAAGUGGUCAGUCUGACAUCCUCUACAAGCUAUGUGACAAUGCCCACAAAACCUUCGCUCUGCCGAAGAACCACUUCUCACCAAAUGCAUCUCAUCUCAAAGUUCCUGAAAUCACAAAGAUGCUUGGAGUCAAGGACAUAGGCACUCCAAACCAACAUUUCACAAUAUGGUUCCCCUUUCUCUUCAAGGACAUGAAGCUUGACGUGCAUAAACUGUUCAUGAACUGGAAACUGCUUGCUCAGAUUUUGAAAGGAGCACUAUGGGGCAAGAUGUCACUCACAGAAGGCUUUGUUCAUCGUGGUGGACCAAAGAUGAAUGGGCAGAAGUGGCAGGUCAUAGCAGUGACACCAGGAUCUAUUGCAUGGGCUGCAACAAUGUGCAUGUUUCUACUUUCUCCUGACAAGGAGUUCCCAGGGAAUGGUUGUGGGGCUAUCUCAAAAAUCGAUUACUAUCAAGUGUUCUGUGCAUAUAAACAAGUGCUCAUUACAAAGUGGACGGACCAUCACAUCCAGAAGAUUGUCAUGGAGAUGAACCACUUUGUGUUUGGGAACCCUGGAGCAGCCAUGAAGUCCAGGAUGGGUGCAAUGGAGGACUUUUCUGUGGAGAUUGAUGCUGUGAUGGCAGCAAUGGACUCUGCUGCACUAUCAGAAGAUGAUGCAGACAAGAUGGAUAGUUCUGGUCUGUCCACCCCAGAUUUGCUUUCAAUCACUGACACAAACAUUCCUGCUGCAUCUGAAUCCCAUCAAAUUGUAACAUCUGUCCCAGUGCCUGUAACAACCCUCAGAACAAGCAACAACAAUAGCACAGAUCCAUCAAGUACUGAUACUUUGGAAUUCAGUAGCAUUAAUCCAGUACAGAAGUCGAAAGGGCAAUGCAGUAGAGGCAGACAUGUUAAGUAG